UCGCUGGUGAAGGGACCGACACAGGAACGCUGGAGAUCUGAGUGGGUUAGAAGAACACACAGCGUGGGACUUGACGCAAACAUGAUCUGCCCGACAACAUCGCGUGCAACGUUCUUUGUACUCAUCCCCGCCAUCCUGAUUGUCCUGUGCAGUGCAGAGGAUGCUGAAUCACGCGUAGAGAGGGCUAUAGGAGGCCGCCCUGUCUCGCGGGGUUCCACGCCCUGGUUGGUGUUGCUAAGGGCCACCAUAGUAACCACGCGGUUCCUGGGAAUUCCACUUCAGCAUCGUCAUAUUUUCUGUGGGGGAACAGUUCUCAAUGACCGGUGGGUCAUCACCGCAGCCCACUGCUUUAAGGAGUACGGAUCAAAUGCUCGAACACCUCGCAACUGGGAAGUCCGUCUCGCCACAACUAAACUCAGGACAUCGCCGGCGGAGCGGCUACUACAUCUGCUGGGGCGACUUCUACAACGAUCUGAGUGGAUGCAGUGGGAGAUCGGGGUGGAGAGGAUAGUGAUCCACCCGCACUAUAACGAGUCGAGUAUCUGGGCCAAUGACAUUGCCUUGGUCCGGCUGAGUCGUCCAGUGCCUUCCGGUCCCGAGUUCGGCUACAUCAAGAGGGUCAACCUCCCCCGUGCCUUCGACGACAGUUUCCCAGGGGUGGGGCAGCUGUGUGUCACUACCGGGUGGGGGUGCACCAGUAACGGUGGCGGGCCAUCUCCUGUAGCACGUGAGAUUCAGCUUCCGGUGUACAGUGACUACAUGUGCGAACUCCACUACAGUAUCCGGGACAUGGACAAACGGGUGUGUGCAGGCUACAGGAAUGGAGGAGUCGGCGUUUGCUCGGGGGAUAGCGGGAGUCCACUAGUGUGCCGGGAGGACGGUGAAGACGUCAUAGCGGGCGUCGUCUCCUUCACCAGCCGUGAUCGUCCCGGGGAAUUUCCUGCCGUCUUCACACGCGUCACCGACUACGUGACAUGGAUCCGCAGCGUCAUGGGCGUAUCAUGACGACAUCGACGAUGGCAUGUUCUGUGAUACUGCUAUACAAGUGUAGAUGUAUAAUGUUAAUUAGCGUUAUCGGAGCGGACGAUGCACGUCAGAAUGUAUACCCACAAGGCAUCAAACUCGAAUAUAGAUUUUCAUAAACUCUGAUGUAGGUAUCAGGACGCACUGGCUCUACUAGUAUCUGGUAUCUUUGCACGAAGCACAUUUUUUAACAGUUAUCUGGCGUCAGCUGAUCGCGUGUAUGAUGCACCCUUCAUCAGAGGCGGAGCGAGGGUUUUGUAAGGGAGCAGGGGUGGGGAUGCACACAACCGAAGUCACACAAUUAACAAAAUCAAAAGGCCUCACAAAUUGACACGGAAGUGUCUUGAAAAGGGGAUAUGUACGUUCUGCACGCCUUUGGGUCCAUGUGAUUCACUACUGCCGUGAAAUCUACCGUUAUCUACAACAUAUCGGCUUUCCGGACUUCAAUCAUCUACCGCUAUGUAACAGUUAAUAAAGGGAGGUAAGCAGGAAGGUUAAGUAAUGUUUGAACGAUCUCAUUCACAUUUACUGGGUAAAAUUCACAGGAACUCGUUAUUGGUCAGUAAAUAAAAAUAUAUACCCCCUAUAUGUAAGUAGAGG